CCUGCAUGUCCACAUCCCCUCAUCCAGCGGUUCGUUCUUCACCAAAAAGUCCUCCUGUAGAUAGUGUGAGACAGCAGACAGCAGGCAAGAUGGCGUCCACUGACUUUGACGAGCAGGUGGUGCUGUUCUUCCACCUAGCCGACACGGACAGCAGUGGCAGCAUCUCUGUGGGGGAGCUGUGUGAGGUGCUACACAAGUGUGGGGACAACAAAAGCGAUGAGGAGAUUAAGAAAAUGUUUGGGGCGAUGGACGCCAACAUCGACAACAGUGUGACCCUAGAGGAACUUCUCCAGGUCCUGUCGCAGUACGACCCCAAACGUAAGAGAGAGUGCUCACUGCGCGCGGCCUUCAGAGAACUAGACACGGACAACUCUGGCACCAUCAGCGCAGAAGAGGUCAAGGUCAUGCUGGCAGACUACGGUCUGGAGGAAGAGCUCAAAAAUAUUUUCGACGCCGUGGACAAGGACGGCGAUGGGAAGAUUAAUUAUAAUGAGUUUCUCUCAUUAGUCGAGUGACCAGCAAUAAUUAUAAUGAGUUUCUCUCA